AUGAAGGGCUUUCGAAGUCAGUGCGGUCACGGACACUCACUAGAGCGCGCCCUGGUCAUCGCAGGAUGCGCUGUCACAAGCAGCGGAUCACAGUUCCCUCUGCCUGAAGGCGAAGCCGCUUUGGAGGGCAUACCUUCUGAUCCCUUGGAGGUGGGGCAAAAGGUAGCCAUCUCCACGGCCCAGAAAAUUGCGCUCGCCGCUGGCGCCGCUGCCGGCGACGAGACCCCGGCCGUCCCCCCUCCGGCGAUAGUGGUUCGUAUGCCCAAUACCCUCCAGAUGCCCGGGGCACAGCCUCAGGGCAUUCAGGCUCAAGGAAGUCCGGCCCAAGGAAUUCAAAAUCACGGAGGUGUCCAUACUCACGGACGGGUCCAUAAUCACGAAACAAUGCAUACCCUCGGAGGUAUCCAGACUCACGGAGGAGGCCAUACUUGCGGAGGCCAGGCUCAGAGGUUCACGCCGAUGCCGUCUGGCACGUGUAUGGUGGCCCAGCGUGGAGCGACGGUGCAGCCUAGCGCGAAAGUCCAGCCUGGAGCGAUAGUCCAGCCUGGCGGGAAAUGGUUCCCUUACUUUGGCGUCCAAGACACGAAGGCGGUAGGUGGGAAGGCGGUGGUCGUUCAAGAACGUCCUCGGCAGCGGGGUGCUGCUGGUAGCGUGCUUUCGCUUCGUGAGGUUCUGGCCUGCGCCACUCGAGCGACCAUUACCGAUUUGGUGAAGAGCCGGCAGCUUACUGUAAAUCUCGUCGACCGCUAUCUUAAGCGGGUUCCUCGAUGGACAAAGAGGCUACUGGUAGUUAGAAAGCGUGUUUUGAGAGAGCUCGAAGCACUCGCUCAAAAGCCAACAACGCACCAAACCCCGGGACAGUCGUCUGGACGGGCCUGGCCUGUCGGCGGAUUUGGUGGAUUUGGCCAACGUAGCAUUUUUGGUGGUACUGGAAGCGGCUUUGGCGGAGGCAGUUUCUUCGGUGGAGGGGGCUACGGUGGAGGCGCACCGAGCGCAAUGCUCACUGUGGGCGAGGACCCAGAACUCCAGGCCGAUAAAUCGGUCAGUGAGCCGGCGAGCGCAGGACUGCAAAACGUGGAAGACAAAGCCCCCGAAGGUAUCAAAAAGUCACCCAGUGGACGGUUCCUCGAACAGAAGUCGGACCCUGCGGGGGCUGAUCUUGACCUUGAGGAGAAGCGUCUUGACCUUGAGGAGAAGCGUCUUGACCUUGAGGAGAAGCAUCUUGACCUUGAGGAGAAGCAUCCCGACCCUGAGGAGAAGCAUCUUGACCCUGAGGAGAAGCAUCUUGACCCAAAGGAGACGAAUACGGAGGGGCCGGGUGCCCAGGCCGGUCCGACCGAACUUUCCAGUUAUGAGGAAGCACUUUCGGCAUGUCCUCUGGCCCCUAAAGAGCUGGAGGAUCUUCGUAAGUGUGCGGCUCAUACACUGGUGGUUACUGAGCGGCUGCUGGAAGAAGCGGGACUUAAGCCGGUGGAGAUGCCCAGUCCAGCUGAGCUAGAAAGCAUGAUGACCACCGUGUUGAAGCUGGCUUGUCCUGACUUAUUGGACAAUUACGGGGACGUGGAUAUCUGGGGUGCCAUGAUUCCCGCAAUAGUAACUGCGUGGCGGGAGACCUUGGUUGAAUCCGCGGAUGUCGAAGCGAGGAUGAAAAUAUUUGAUGAUAAGUGGAGCUCGUUCACUUUCGAGUUUCAGGACGGCAGCCCUGCCUUUUCGCGCAUCCGACACAGGUCGAAGAUUGUCCCUUCGGUUGCAAUAAAACAAAAGGAAGAGUCUGCUGACAUGGCCAGCGGUAAAGAGGAGAAGGCCCCAUUCGUACUUUCGACUUACGAGCAAGAACUCGGAGGAUGCCGCAUAACCCCACAGGAUCCUCAGCAACUUCGCGACUUCGCAAACAGAGUGGUGGACGUCACUUACGGACUUCUGAAAGACGUGCUUGUGGAAGACGGCGGAGUGGAGAUGCCCAGUCGAGGUGAGGUAGAAAUCAUGAUGACCACGAUACUGAAGCAGGCCGGCGACAAUUUCAAAAACAACUUUGGCCGUGACGAAAUCGUGAAGGACAUGGUUUCGGUAAUGGCAAGCGUCUGGCUGGAGAUCUCCGAGGAGUUGGCGUCUCAACCGAUGGAUGCAGCGGACCUGAAAGAGCGGAAGAUGGAAAUGUUUGGUCAGAAGUGGAUGUUGGUUGCUUUUCAGCCGACGAUGGAUGGGCCACAGUUUGUGCAAGUCGUACCCACUUCGGGAGCGGCGCCGAUGACCCACGGGGAGACUACCACUCCUGUUGUGGUUGUCAAUGAGAUGAGUAACGAGGUGGACGACACGAGUGGGGAAACACCUAAGGUCUUUGCCAUGACGAGUAGUAAAGUAGCGGACGAGGAGGUGGAUGGGAACAUUGAUGGUAAGAAGACAAAUGAUCCCGCCGUCGAGAACAACUGGGAAGAGCAGUAUGAGAGUUUCUUGAAAUCCACGGAUCCGACGGCGGAAACCUUCGGUCAACCCUUGGCGGAUGGCUGGCGGCGGCACAGUGAAGCGGUUGGUGACGAGUAUCGUGUGGUGGACCGGAUUUGUUUGCGAGACUUGAUUGCGCAGAUGAAGGUGAGCAGAACAAUGGGCCUGGCGGAGGAGCCCGCUCACCAGGCGCCGGAGGAGGCCGCGAAGGAGCAGGCCACCAGAUGGUGGCCGGCCGGUGACCUGGACCGGUUGGUGGUCCUUUUAGAAGCGAUGGUGCCGGCUGGUGAGGAAGUGAUAGUCCGUCGGGAAUUCGUGUGCGGUACGAGUUCGUUGGAAUACGUGGUGGAUGCUGAACCCAGUUGGCUUGAACCGGUGGUCUUGGACUCAUCGCAGUUCCACCACGUGGAGGCGGCGGCGCGUCUGGCGGAGUUACCCUCAGAGGAGUUGUUUGGAUGCAUAACGAACAUUGUGUGCUGGCACCUGGAACAGUCAUUGGUAUGGAAGACGGCGGUAGAGCAGGGGCGGAUUCUGGCUAGCGAAGUUAGCAUUUGGAGAGAUCUGUACAUGUCAUUCUGGGACGACGAUCGUGAAGGCAGCGAACUGCCUUUGACGGCUGCCCAAAAAUUCACCGUGCUCGAACAGUGUGUGCGAAGCGUUACCGGCGUCAAAACAGGCAUGGUCUCACUGCAGGCCGUCGAACCUAACGGCCAACAAUUGUACAGCACCAAACUCCGACUUGGAAGAGGCCUUUGGUCCGACGUGGCCAAGACGUACGUCAACAAGAUACGGCGCGAACAGCCCCCACGCGGCACCCAGGAGCUCCCCUACGACCUCAACGAAAUCUUCGACGCCUGCUUCCAAAAAUGGAAAGCCGACGCCCGUAUCUCCUUAUCCCCUUUCAAACGCUGUGCAGACAUGUACGGCAGCAAGUUCAGCUCUAUAUGCUAG